AUGAUUGGCCAGAAGAUAGCCUUGCCAAUGCACGUCCACCUAGAGGUUGUACACCCAUCGGCAGACGACGACCCGGGACCUCGUCGUCCCGGGCCGGCAACCAAACUGAGCUGGACAACAGUCCUACGCAAGGUCUCCUCUGCAGCAAAUGAUAUGGGAGCGGGAGAUACUGGGGACAGCCCCAAGGUCGCUGCCACGCAUCCCAUCAGCCGCCCGUCAUCGAAUGGGCCAACAAGUUUCCGCCAAGUCACGCGGACGGGCAGCAACGUGGGAAUACUUGGGCUGUCGGGAACCAACAGCCUGGGGCCGAAGGAAGGUGCAAGCGCUAGCGGUGCACUUGGGGGCCGCUCCCACAGCGUCCUUCAUGCUGGCCUGCUGGCUCCGGGGCAGGGGAAUGGUACGACAGCUGAUGUCGUCACUGCCGUCAAGGAUUUGCAGCUUCGGAAGCGCAGCAUUAUGUUCCAGCAAACCGCCAGCCAGACGGGCCCCAGUCUACAGACACGCACGGGUUGUUUAUCGACCUACUUCUUCGCGCCUAACCCAACACCGGGCAAGCUGUGGGCGUUGGCGUAUACCUCAAAUGCUAAGCGUGUGGAUAAAGAGGACAUAGCCUUUUUAGUGCAGGUUGAUGGCUUCCGCAUCCCAUGCAUUCGCACCUCAGUCACGUUGUUUUGUGCGCUCACAAUGGCCGACACUGCAACGAUAAGCGACAUUGCCUGCACGUUUCACGCCCUCGAACAGGGUGUAUGCUUUUCUCCCGACGGUGCAUACGUCAUGCGCUGGGGGUAUGGCACGGAUGUGAAGCUGCUGUCGGCGGACGACGGGGUGUUAGUAGUGACGAUUACGGGGCCUACUCCAGGUGCUGUGCGCUACGCCACAUUCAAUUCCGAUGGAAGCAAAGUGGCGGUUGCCACUGAAGACUGCAAGGUCUGUGUAUGGUUGACCGCCAACAAGCAUCUCGUAAACAUGCUCGACGUCGGCGCGGAGCCGCUGGCGCACAUUGUGUUUAGCCGUGAUGGCAGGCAUUUAUUGUCCUGCGACGACGAGGGGCAGCUGGAGCUCUGGGACGUCACCGAAGCGAGGAUGUUGCGGAGGUACGACACUGGUCAUAUCAGCAAGAAGUGCGGCUUCAGUGCCAACGGCGAUUCGGUGAUGUCGUGUGCGGGCGACGACUGCGGGCUUGUUAUGUUGAGCACGCGCACGGGCGGCGUCCAGACGACGCAGUUGUAUGAGGAGGUGGCCGAGUGUCGUAACCGCGCCUGCUACGUCAUCAGUCCGGACGGCACAAAGGUCUUGUUGUUCAUCCAGGAACAGGUUUACGGCAUUAACUUGGUGGUGUACCACACGGAGACGGACGUGCACAUACCAAUGGUGGUAUGCAAUGGAGCCGUAACGCAUGCGGACUUCAGCAAUGAUUCAUCUCUCUUUAUAACUGCUGGUCGAGAUGACCUCAUACACGUGUGGGAGAGCGAAACGGGAAUGCUCCGUACGACUCUUCAGGGCCAUGCCAGUGACGUGAUGUUUUGUAAGAUUUCUGACGACGGCGAGGUUGCAGUCAGCGGCGACAGCGAGGGCACGGUGCUGGUCUGGACCCUGUCAGACAGCGCGUGUGUCAUGCGGCUCCAGGCACAUUCCAGCCCCAUUGCUUACGUGGACGUGAACGCGGACGGCACGCGCGCGCUGACUGUGGACACCGAGGGCCAUGCGUUGUUGUGGUUCCUCGAUGCGGCCCGUGCCUUUGAGGUCCUGCGGCAGCACUCGGACUUGGUGUGCUGCGUGGCGCCCUCGCCGGACGGAAGCAGCCUAGUCGUGGGAUACAAGGACGGCUGCCUGCGGUGUUGGAACGUGUGCGAUGGGCCCGGGCUUGUGGCGUCGGUCACGUGGACCCACUCCAAGCAGGAUUCCCCCGUGGAGCAGCUGGUCAUGCGGCCCGACGGCGCACAAGUGGCAUCGGCGGGGCGAGACGGCAUGGUGGUGGUCACCGAUAUGCGGCGGGGCCUCGUGGUGGCGGCGCUGAACGCGCACACCGACUUCGUCACUGGGCUGCUGUUCAGCGAGCGGAGCGAUCUACUGGUCACCGCCAGCCGUGUUGGAGAGGUGUUCGUUUGGAACGCCAAGGCGUACGGCUUGGUGCCACUUCGGCAGCUAGAGGUCCCAGAGUUGACGGAGGUCGCAUCGCUGGCCAUAAGCCCGAACCAGGCCUUUUUGGCAGCGGCGACGGCGGGCGGCUCCGUGCAUGUAUGGAGCUUGAACAGCUUCGUGUUGCAGUCCGAUGUCAAGGUGACGGACCUGCCGGCGACGCGGCUUACCUUCAACGCGGACGCUUCCGUGCUGGCUGUGGGCUCGGCGGACGGCAGCGUGACUCUCAUCGACCCCCUAACAGGCACCAGGGCGGCAUAUUACAAGGGCAACGCAUCAAGCAUCAAUGACGUGGCUUUCCUGCUGAAGCCGGAGCACAUCCUGCUGAGCGUGUGCGGCAGGCAGGCUAUCAAGUGGGACUGCCAUAGGAGCACCAUUCACCACGUGACGGACUUCAUCGCUGAUAACAGCCGCAUCUUCUCCUCCGAAUCUAUAGGAUCGCUUCCUAACCGCGCCUGCGUCGCACACGACGCUGUCGUGCUGUACGAUCCUAUCAACCACGCUGCCAUGUACGACAUGGUCCCGCGCCCGCCUGAACAGCAUCCUGGCAACAGCUACUUGUUCCGGCACGGCACGGCGCUGACGUCCGGCACUAACGGCCACCCGAUGGUGCUCUUCUGCGCCCCCGACACGACCGUCCACAUGCUGAGCGACGAGACCAGCGGAACGCGCUGCCUUGAUUUUUCCUCCGACGGGCGCCUCCUGGUGAGCGGCACGCUCCGUGGCGAGCUCGUGGUGUGGGAUGUAGUGCACCAGCAACAGAUGCACAAGUGGGUGGCGCACAAGCGCUACGCCAUCACGUGCGUCCGCUUCACACAUGAUGCAACGGCGGUGUACAGCUGCGCGGAAGACUGCAAGGUUAUCAUGUGGGACUGGCGGCGACAGACGAAACUGGCGGUGCUUGUGGGUCACCAAGCGCCCGUUCAGGCCGUGGAGAUGAGCGUGGAUGGCAACCAGAUGGCUAGUGGCGACAAGGAUGGCUUCAUCUUCAUCUGGGACACAGUCACACAUUCGCCCAAGCAGGUUAUACCCGCCCACGACGGCUCGGUGCUGUGCUGCAGCCUUAGCCCUUGCGGAACCAUGGUGGCUUCCACGGGGGCAGACGAGCACAUCGUUAUCCUAGACGUGCACGAGGGCCGUCAGUUGGCUUCCCUGGACGACGCCAUGGAUGGCAAGGGUCUCACAAUCAAGUUCAGCUUUGAUGGCACACGUCUACUGGUCGGCGGUGAGAAGGGCGGUGUCCUUAUCUGGGAUGUCGCCCGAAAUUGCCUGCUGUACGACAUUCCCGCCCACGACGGCAAGGUGUUUGACUGCGGCUGGUCUGGCGACUCGCGGCGGCUGCUCUCUGUGGGCUCUGACGGUCGGGCAAGGCUCUGGGACGCGGCGGCAGGCAGCGAGCUUUGCCAGGCGAACUUCGAGCGCGUGAUGGGCGCCGUGGAGUCGGGUGGCUUCGUGCACUGCGAUCUGUCAGCGACAGGGAGUCGCAUGGCGGGGUGCACAGCCAAGGGCCAACUCAUCGACUGGGACGUGGGUGCGGAGCUGCGCUGCGUGCCCGAAGGCUCCAUGCUCUACCAGCGGCUUAGUGCUCUCAGCGUCGGGCGCUCUAGGGAGGUUUACGCACGACUGCUGCGGCAGUUCCCACUGCUGCCUAACACACAGGACUCGCGCGGCUGGACCAUCCUCAUGCACGCCGUUGCCAACUCCAACCCCGAGAUUACCAAGCUCAUCAUCGGCAGCGUCCCGUCUGGAUCCGGCAAACUGGGCCUUACGGCGUCCGCGGUACAGAACUCGAUCCUGUCGUCGAUUCGUCACGUGCCGCGCGUGCAGAUGCAGAUCGGCGGCACGUCGGGCAAGCAGAGCACACCCGGCGGAGGCUCCGGGCUCGCGUGGGAGGGCAAUGGAAGCAAGCGGAGCAACUUACUGGGCGGCGACAGCAGCAAUGCCGUGAUGAAGCUGGGGUCGCCUGGCGUAAGCGGGAAGAAGCUGACCGUGUUGGAGCCGUUGGACAAGGGCCGCAUUGUAGAUGACGAGGAUGAGAAUCUGGACGAUGAUGAUGAUCAGGAUAGCGGCCUGAGCAGCUCCGCGCCACGAACGGUGGCAACGUCGCCAACGGCAGCGGCGGCAGCGGCUGCGGCCGUGCAGCGGCGGCCGUCAAGCGGCGCAGGCACCGGCGGCGGCGGCUUGCUGAGCCGCAUGGGCUCCUUUCUGCGCUCUGGUGCUGAGCUGCUGUCGCCAACAAGGGAGCGCGCGGGGACCCCUAGCGAGGAGAGCCGCGCUGCGGCCGGAAUGGCAGACCAGGGCGGGGGCAACGCGUCGCCGCUGGGCUCGGGCCACCUGGGAGCGGCUGAGCUGCAGGAUCGACCAAUUCGCAGAACGGCGGCGUCAAGCCCCACUCCCGGCACCGGGAGCCUCCCGUCCAUCCUCAAGAACAAUCCCAGCAAAGGCCCCGGCACUGGCAGCGGCACGGCCGGCGCCGUGAGCGAAGCAGGUGGUGGCCUUACGAGCAACAUCAGCGUGGAUGUGCCGGUCAUGACGGAUUCGGCGCCGCAGGAGCAGCCCUCUCUUAUUGGCCGCCGAAGCUUCGGCGGCAGCGGUCCUGGAGGCAUGGACGGCAGCGUGCGCGGCGGCAUCACGUAUGCCACCGGUCGACGGUCCCUUCUGGGUUCCGUGUUGGAGGCGGAACGCGAGCGCGACAGCGCCGGUGCGCGCAGCCGCAGGCGCAGCUUCAUGUUUGGCAACGGCGUGCCGCAUGGCGGCGGUGGCAGCUCCUCCCAGCUGACGACCACCAACCUGGGCCGCAGCAUCCGCCAUAUGGUGCACAAGCUGGCGCGCGUGAGCUCGCGCGGCGGCGGCAGGGAUUUGGAAGAGGCCACGCCGCCGGAGGACAACGUGGACGUGCGCCACGUGAGCGACCUGAGCCGCAACGGCUGGCAUGAAGAGGAUCACGACCAGACGCGGUCGCAGAGUGGCGCUGGCAGUACUGGAGGCAAGGGCGGCAUCGGCAGGGAGGGCAACUCGGCCGGCUCCGGCGUGCCAUCGGCGUCCGGCAACCGGGGCAGCAACAGGGUUUGGCCGGAGUCUCAGUCGCCCGACCGCACGGAACCAAAUGUCAUAAAGAUUGCGUUGGACGCUGGCGCAGCGGACUGCGUGCAGCACGUGCUUGACGCGGUGCUGGCACAGAAAGUGACCCCUGGGUCGUACCAUGCCAUUACUGCCGCCAUUCCGGCAGUGGCGCAACAGUACCCUACCAUGUGCCAGGUCUUUUUGUCAGGUCUACCCCUGCGGCCUCUGGGUGAAAUGGAGGUGCCAUCCUCCAUUGCCGCGCGGGGCAUGAUUGUCACGUCUGCGCCAUCGUACACGUCGUACAAGGAGAUGUGGACUCACGAGCUUCAGCUUGGGGGGGGCAACAAGGGGCCUAUGGCGCUCAUGGAGGCGUGCAUGGUGCCGCUGCCCUUCGCGGCCGCCAGCGGCAAGACGUCGGUGCUGCACACACUAGUGGAGAGCAGCGUACCUGUGCAGACCUACGGCAGCGAUACCGUUAAGGCGAUUGUGGAUUACAAAUGGCGCAACUUUGCGCAGCGGAGGAUUUACAUUAAGGCCCUCGUGUACCUUCUGUACACGGUGAUUUUCACCGUCUUCGCAGUGCUGUUUGCGGACCACGACACUUCGGCCAGCCUGAAAGGAUUGUUCAGUGCGAAACGCGGCGUUGCGAUGGUGGCCUUUGCCGCCAUACUCUUCCUGUAUGGUAAUUACUUUCUCGUCCUGGAGUGCGUGCAGCUCGCAAGCCUCGGCGCCGCAGCGUAUUUCGACUCGUUUUGGAACAUCGUUGACAUUGCCGCCUACGUGACAACGCUGGUGGUCUGUCCCUGCACGGUGUUCCGAAAGGGCAUUGGCAAGGGAGAUUUCGUCGCAGUGUUGGUCGCCGCAGAGGUCAUCAUGCUGUGGGUCAAGGUCUUGUUCUUCGGCUUGGCAAUUGACGGCGUGGGCACCUUCAUUUUCAUGACAGCCGAGAUCAUUAAGGGCCUCAAGUACUUCAUCGGCUUGCUUGCCACGCUGUUCAUUAGCUUCGCCGUUGCCUUCAUGGUGCUGUUCAGGGACGCGCCGACAAGCGAUGGAGGUGAAGACGGCCUUGGAAGCCUGUAUGGCGACUUUGGUAACUCGCUGCUCAACGUGUACCUGGUGAUGUUUACAAUUGGCGACCCACAUAAGGCUGCUGAGACUGAGUACGGUCACUUCGCCAUCCUGCUCUUCUGCGUGUACAUGUUCGCUCUGUUGGUGGUGAUGCUCAACAUGAUUAUUACCCUCAUGGCGGACAUUUACCAGAAGGUCAAGGGGAUCCAGCAUUUCGUCUUCCUCAAAGGCCGUGCGGAGCUGAUCAUCGACGUGGAGAGCACGACCGGUGGCAGCCUUAUGAACGCGGACCAUCCCUACCUGCACCUGCUCAUGCCGCUAAGGAAGGAUGCUGGUGCAGGGGACUACAACGAUGAUGACGCGGACAAGCUGGUCACUGCGUCUGUUCCGCGAGGGGCAUCGGGGAAUGCUGGAAUGGGCCCACUCGGGGCGGUCGUCUCCCGCGCCGUCAGCCUGACAGGCGGCAUCGGCCGAGGCAUUGGCGGAGGCGGAGCCGUCGACGGUGCUUCGGGCAGCAACAGCGACGAUGAUGACGGUCGCAGCGUGGUGGGUCGUGCACUCAGCCGCAUGCCCUCAUUCAAGUCCAUGCGGAGCUUCGCCGCCACCACGACGGCAGCUGCGGUCACCGGCGGCGGUCACGGUCAGCGGCGGAUUGCGGAGCCUUUGACCGGUAUUGGCAGCACGACCAUGCGGCGUGUCGGCAACGCAGCGGCUGCCGCCAUCGCUGCCGCCGAAGCAGAGCGGUUGGAGCGGUUGGAACGCGCCGUGAACCGCCUAACAGCCAACCUCGACACGGUCAUGAACCACAUGCGGAUUCGACGCCAGUCGAACUCGGGGGGCCCAGGGUUAUUGGCAACAGAGACUCUAUCGACUGGCGCCACGGCUUCUAACCGUCGCGGCGUCAAUCAACGCAGCACGAUGAACGGUGUUGGCAACUCGAGCAUGCCCGCACGUGGUGUGGGGAGAGCGGAUAAUUCCUUCGGAGGUCCACUACCAGGCGGGGUUCCUAGCCGCGGGCCCAGCCGGCCGACAAGUGCGCUGGGCCCUUCGCCAUCGCUACCGCCGCCGGUGGUUGUGGCACACCUUGGCAUGCCCGGGGCGGUGCCGUCUGUUCCCGUCGCGAUCCCCACCUUUCCAUCUGGCCACAUGGCCAGCACCGGCGGCAGCAGUGGUGCGGGUGCCGGCGCCGGCAGCCAUGGCCACUUGCACGCAACGUUUGCGGACCAGUACGGCUCCUUCUUAACCACUGACGCUGACGGCUCCGUCCGGGGUGUGCGGGCUCCCGAGGGGCAGGAGCGGGCCUCGUCCAGUUCGAGGAACAACACAAGCACUGGCGCUGGCGGCGCAGGCACUCCUGUCGCUGCGGGUUCUCCGGUCUUGGGCAGUGUCAGAUCGGGGACGCCUGACAAAGCGGUGGUCACCAUUGCUGGUGGUGCCGGCGGCGGAGCGCCACCCGGCGGCGGCGGCGGUGGCAGUGGCGGCGGCGGUGUGAACCACACCAAGCCGAGCGCCGUGCCGCAGCCCGGCGAGACCUCUGAUGUCCAGACAGGAGUGGCGUCGCCGGUGGUCAGGAAGACGACAGCAGCGCGGCUUUCCGAGGGAUCGCCCUCACCAUCGUCACCGAGCGGCGGCACCGCAGCGCCUGUCAGCUCACAGCCCAACAAGGCCGGCAGCGUGCGCGGCGUGGCCGCUGUUGACCGGUCGGCUAGGAGCAGCAACAGCGCGUCCAGCAGUAAUGGCGCCGGUGGCGGCGUCGCUACGGCGGCCCGAUUGGUGCUGGAUCCGGAGGAGCCGGCGGCGUGGGGAGGAUCGGGCCCGGGGCGACCACCUGCCGAUAGUGCUAACGUCAGCGCGGAGCCCCGGAGGAUCCGUACACCUGGCGAAGUCGAUCCCAGCGGCUAG